AGUUUUUGAUGAUAAAGGUAGGAAAAGGAGAACCAGUGAUAUUUGAGAGUGAAACUUUAGAAUUUGCUUUGUCUCAAACCUUACAAGCAAUGGUGUCGCUUCAGCUAAAAUACUUUAAUGGAGUCUUUCACUGUCCAUCAGUGAAUCCUUUGUUUCAAAGAAGAGAAAGGAAAGCUCAAAAGAUUGUAUGCUUGCAAGCACAGUCAGUUGCUUCCUCUAGAACCCAGAGGAUAAUGGAAAGCAUUUCAGUUAGUGGGGAAGUUGGUGGUGCUGGUGGAGCAUACUCUUACGAGGCCUUAAAGAGGCUGGACAGGAUAUGGUCUUCUAUCUGCUGUGCUCAAACAAUUGUGCAAGAACCCCAGCAGCUAGUGUCUAGCAUUCCAGGUCUUUUUAGCCAGUCUGAUUUGGCUGACAAACCAGUCGAUACAUUUGAUGUUAUAGUUUGUGGAGGCACCUUGGGGAUCUUCAUAGCCACAGCCUUGAGUUUUAAAGGUCUUCGUGUUGCUGUCGUGGAAAGAAAUAUACUGAAAGGGAGGGAACAAGAAUGGAAUAUAUCAAGGAAGGAGCUCUUGGAGCUUGUAGAAUCUGGAAUUCUGGUUGAAGACGACAUUGUACAAGUUACAGCUGCAAAAUUUAAUCCUAACAGAUGUGGAUUUGAGGGGAAGGGAGAAAUCUGGGUUGAAGAUAUUCUGAAUCUUGGGGUUUCACCUGUAAAGCUUAUUGAGAUUGUCAAGAAACGUUUUAUUUCCCUUGGCGGGGUUAUCUUUGAGGGUUGCAGUGCCUCCAACAUUUGCAUAUAUGAGGAUGCAGCGGUCAUUCAACUUGUUGAGGGCAACAUCCUGUCAUCCCGUCUUAUCAUUGAUUCAAUGGGGAACUUUUCCCCUGUGGUGAAACAGAUAAGACGCGGUAGGAAGCCCGAUGGCAUUUGCCUUGUUGUCGGAUCUUGUGCUCGUGGUUUUAAGGAUAACUCAACAAGUGAUGUGAUUUAUAGCAGUUCGACAGUGAGGAAAGUUGGAGAUUCAGAAGUACAUUUAUUCUGGGAGGCAUUUCCAUCUGGCUCUGGCCCCACCGAUCGCACCACUUAUAUGUUCACUUAUAUUGAUCCUCAACCGAGAUCCCCAAAACUGGAAGAACUGUUAGAAGACUACUGGGAUUUGAUGCCAGAAUAUCAGGGAGUAUCUCUUGACAAUCUGGAGAUACUGAGAGUUGUAUAUGGAAUCUUCCCUACCUAUCGUGACAGUCCAUUGCCAGCUGCUUUUAAUCGUGUAAUACAGUUUGGUGAUGCUAGUGGCAUACAAUCACCUGUUUCAUUUGGUGGUUUUGGGAGUUUGACUCGGCACCUUGGGAGAUUAUCAACAGGAAUAUAUGAGGCAAUCAUUGGAGAUUUUGUUGACUCAUAUAGCUUGUCCCUGCUGAAUCCAUACAUGCCUAACUUAAGUGCUUCAUGGCUAUUUCAACGUGCAAUGUCAGCGAAGCAGCAGUCUCACGUUUCACCGGAUUUUAUCAAUGAGCUUCUUUACAUCAAUUUCCAGAGUAUGCAGAGACUGGGCGAUCCUGUUCUAAGACCAUUUCUUCAGGAUGUUAUAAAGUUUGGGCCUCUUGCCAAGACAUUAGGCCUUGUAAUGCUAAGUAAACCUCAAAUUCUUCCAUCAAUAUUCAAGCAGUAUGCCUUCUUAUUUGUUCAACUUCAGGUUGGUAUUCCUGUGCUUGUUGAAUGGUCGGGACAUUUUUUCAUGUUGGGUUACUAUACAUUUCUAUCUACCUUUGCUGACCCAUUAAUAAGGUCAUUGUUGAGUGCAUUGCCUUCUAGGAUGCAGUAUGAGUGGAAGCGGCAUCUUGAGGCAUGGAAAUAUGGAGCAGGUAUGGAUUAUAAGCUAUGAGGAGCCAUUUAAAGAUCACUGGAAAAACAGAGUAUUAGAUUUCUAUAGUCUUCACUUCAGAACUCAGUAAUGAUAUGAACAGUGAACUUUGGAGCUUGUUCAACCCAUUCUUUCAAUGUGUACAGACAAUUUCUAUUAGAAUUACUUUCAUAAGAACGAUUCUCUUCCUAUGGUACAA